UUUCAGUCAGUAUUGUAAUGUUGUUGACAGCGUCAGUGGCUCCCAUGUGCGUCGCCAUGCAAGACCGACAUCACCGCUACGAGGUGACGCCGCUCGAUCUGCGACCCGCCGUCACGACGCCACCGCACUCCGACGACAUGGACGAGAUGGACUCCGACGAGGAUAUCAACGUGGACUCGGACGGUGAGCCCGACUCGCGUCUACUCGGCUCGGAUGCCCUCGACUUCCAUCGCCGCUACAUGCAGCAGCAAGCCCAGCCGGGUGACGACUCUCCCGGGUCGCCGUCACGCGGAGGCGAUGACUCCUGCUCCACUGACAAGAAGUCUUCGUCGUCGUCUCUAGUGAAGCCUCCCUACUCCUAUAUUGCGCUCAUCACGAUGGCCAUCCUGCAGUCGCCGCACAAGAAGCUAACGCUCAGCGGUAUCUGUGAGUUUAUAAUGACGCGUUUUCCGUACUACCGUGAAAAGUUCCCCGCCUGGCAGAAUUCUAUCAGACAUAACCUGUCACUCAACGAUUGUUUCAUUAAGAUUCCACGUGAACCGGGAAAUCCAGGGAAAGGUAACUACUGGACCCUGGACCCUAUGGCGGAGGAUAUGUUUGACAACGGCAGUUUCCUGCGUAGGAGGAAACGGUACAAGCGACAACCGCCCGACUUUCUGUUGCGGGACCCGCACGCAGCUAUGGCUUUCCUGGCACCACCCGACCGCUUCAACCCGCUGCAUCCUCACACGCUUCACUACCCAUAUCUGUCGCCGCUGCCUCCAGCCGUGCCUCUCCUGCCUCCCGCUGAACUCGCCCGCCUCUCGCUCGGACUCAACCUGCUCUCGUCGUCAGGGCCACCCCCGACGUCUCUCCCUUGCAAGCCGGUCCCAGUGCAGGCGGCACCUCGCUCAGCAGCCGGCUUCAGCAUCGACUCCCUCAUCGGCAAGAACCCUCGCCCGAACAAGCCUUCGCUUCCGCCGCCUCCACCGCCUCCAUCCUCGCAGCACUUCCACCACCUGCCGACCUCGUCGCCGCCGCCCGUCUCCCGGAGCAUCGAGUCGGCUUUCACGCCCCUGGCGGCCGCCGCCUGGGCCAGGUGAGUGACGGGGCUCACGCUGCCACCACCUUAUCACUCCUAGGUUAACUAAGUACCGCGCCUGAUCUACUCAUUCUGUUACCUCUAUUUUGUUCAGAACUUAUCAUUUUCCUUACUAGAUCGAAUUUAUUUUUCAAUUCAUGUAAGAGUCAUAAAUAUUGAAUGAGACCGAUUCAAUUCAUAUAGUUCAUGAAUAAACUACAUUUCUUGACUUGUAAAUCAUACCUUCAAAGUAGUUGUCAUAUUCAAUCGCAGAGAAGGCUACAUAACUUACCCUUUUUUUCUUUAUCAUUAUAUUAUAGACUACCUACAAUCAUGAUAUUAGAUUUAGUAGUUUCAACUUACUUAACUUGAAAUCAAAAAUUAAUUUUGAAUAUAAAAAUUAAUAAUCCAAUAAGAAUAUCAUAUAUUCAUGAUAAUCUUCAAAAUAGUUUUGUUUUUAAGGAAGCUACUCCAUUCCCGUUAGUAAAUUAUUGCUCUUUUAGCGUAUAUACACUAACAUGUACACCCUAUACAUUACACGUAGUGUGAAAACUAAUCACAAUGAUGUCAUGUUAUAAUAAUUCACUACAAGUAAAUUGUUCAUAUUCAAGUUCAGUCCCCGUCAAUAUAAACCUUCAAGAAUCGAUCAAUCGUUUGAAAAACUCUUCAGAUUCAUUCAACGUUGCUGGUUGAACUAGAAGAGAACAAUGUUAGGCUUCUUCCUUCCUAAUUUUAAUUUUCAAUGAAUGAACUUCAAAAAAUAAUUCAUAAUAUCAUAUCAACAUGGGACUUGAGUAAUAAGUUGAAAUACCAAAUAGGCUAGUUCAUCCCCUUAGCUCCAUUAUUUUUGUAUUAUCUUUGUUCAGCUUGUUAUAAAGACGCAUAUUAUACAAUUUGGCAAAUUAUUCCAUGUGAGAUACAUUAGGAAGAAAAUGGAGUAGCUUCCACAACAAGAAAAUCAAUUGAAGUUAGCUUCAACUACAUUUCUCAUGUGUUCAAUGCUCAGUAUCACACAAAACAUUAUUAUUAUAAUUGGUUUGCUUCACAACCACAUUUCUGGUAAUUCACAGUUUCACUAUUAGGCUAUAUAUACGGGUUUUAGUUUUCUUUUGUUACGAUAUUAAUUUAUAUGAGAGUUAACUGGGAAUAGUUUUGUUAUAAUUUGAUCUAUGACUCCCGUUAGACUUUUAUAAAUAAGUAUUUCUCCAUUAUUGAGAUUUCAUGUAAUUGAAUCAAUAAAGAACAUGUUAGUUCGUUACCAGUUAAGUUAGGCUAGAGAGAUCAGGCCGGAUUUGAGUGAUGCAUUUAAUUGUUGAAGCAGUGUGAGCGAAGUGUAGGCUUCUUACCUCUAUUAGAUUGGUGUAUUUUAUUCAUAUUGGAACUCUAUUUGAACUGUACAGAAAUGUUAAUGGUGACCCUAGUUCUUAAUCAUCGUUGUACCGAUCUCGUUGGAGAUUUCGCUGUUUAUCAUAUAAACGUAAUAAAGAGGCUAGUGAUAAGUAUAAAUAGCUCAGCCGUAUUAUUAGAAUUUAAGAACCUAUACCUGUUAGCCAAAGAAAAUUUUAUAUUAGGUUUAGCUAUUUUGUAUUUAAAGUGAAUGGUGAUAUCAUAAUUAAAUGUAAAUAAUAGUAAUUUCCAAGUAUUCUAUCAAAUACAUUGAAUGAAUAUGCAAUUCCCCAUGAAUUUUCCAUCAGCAAACUGUACUUAAAAACUAUUUCUUUAAUUCGUUUAGUAAUCAAAUAAAACAAAAAUCCGAGUUGAAUCAUCUUAAGAAUGAUAAUUCAACAAGAUUAGUGAAUAUGAAAUAAUUGAACAAUACACAAAUAAACUGUUUCAGCUUAAUUGACUGUCAAAAUUAUUGUCAUAAUAGACUGUCAUAACUUCUUUUACAAAGUUGGAGAAAAUUUUCAAUCUUCGACAUAAAUCGAGAGAUUUUGAUAUUUACUUUAGGAGAAUAUUGAGGACUUUCUCGAACAAGGAAAUACUUUGACGUUUCAUGAAGAAAUCAGUUUUGAAGUUUCAUAUAAAAUAAAGUUCACCAAAGAAGUAUGAUAUCAGUAGAGCCCCUGAAUCUACCAAAGCUUUCAAAGUUUAUGGAAAUGUAACCACUAAAGAUCGGUUUUAUUUAUUAAUAGUUCCUUUAUUUGUUACCUGGAAAGCCGUCGAUAACCUAGAUGCGCAAUUGUGUUGUAGCCUGAAGAACAAUUAUUAUUCUCCAUCUGACGUGAAACGAUUAACAAGACAUUAUUAAGAUAGAAGUAUUUGUUCACGUUAUUCUCUUUUUUAAUUAUUUUUGACAGUUCAAUGUUGCAAGGUUUUAAUCGGAGGCGGUAUAUAAAGUAUAAUCCAUAUACACAUCCAAACUCCAAAGAUGCACUACAACUUAUUUAGUUUGAGAUGAGUUGAAAAGUUAAUAAGUGCCAAGAGUUAAUGAAGUUUAGUUCCUAACUGCUAGUCAGAAUGAUGUGUUUAAUACUUCAAAACAGCAAAAACAGACAUUCUUCUAUGAUAAGAUUUCAAUUGAAAGACUUUUUGAAAUCUAUGGGAUUUUUGACUCAAGACAAUUUUGACUGUGAAAUUUCUGACAAACCUGAAUGUUGAUUGUACAUGAAGUUAAUAAUUUAUUUUCUUGAAACAGUGCCCUUUACAUAAUAUUUCGCCCCCAGUUUCCUACUCAAUUUACUCUACCUGAACUUUAAAAACAUGUUAUCAACAACAAUAAUAAUUAUUAUAAUUAUCACUCUCUUCAGAAUAAUCUUGUAAUGUUUAUUGUUACUUUAGAAACAAUUAGCCUACUCGUACUUCAAGAUCUCUGUUAUCUCUGUAUAUACCAUGUACAUAAAUGUAGAAUCGUCUAUACUUCGUAAAUAUAUUUAUAAAUGUAUACUUAUGUAACUAUGUACCAAAUAGCUCAAAAGUUUAGAUUAUACCAUGUAAAAAUCAUAUAUGUAUUGUAAAUAGACGUGAAUGACUGAUUAUACGAUUAAUAACAU